AUGGUAAAACAUUGCAUAGUUGGGAGGGUUCUGUCUGAAAAUAAUGUUAGCAAUGAAGCCUUCCGAGUCACCAUGUCUCAAAUAUGGAGAUUGGAAGGAUGUGUCUGUUUCAAGGAAUUAGGGGAUCAAUGUUUUCUGAUUGAGUUACAGAACAUGGCAAACAAAGACAAGAUUCUAAGUGGACGUCCUUGGUUCUUUGAUAGAAGCCUUCUCACUUUACUUGAAGUGGAUGAGGCAGUGUCCAUCAAUGCUUUACAUUUUGGUUUCAAAGCCUUCUGGGUUCAGCUUCAUAACUUACCACUAGCCACCAUGACAGAAGAGGUAGGGGAACAAUUUGCAGCGUCCAUUGGUCAUGUAUAA